AAAAGGAAACUUUGGGAAAACUGAAAGUGGCAAGGAGGGGAAGCACCCGCUGAGCCCACGUCGUCCCCGGGUCCUGAGGAAGCCUCUCUGUUUAGGGACCAUGAGCCGCAAUUCCCAGCGCUUCCUCACCGGCCCCCAAACUGGAGUCCCCCCAUCCUACGAGAUGCUCAAGGAGGAGCACGAGGUGGCCGUGCUGGGGGCUCCCCAGGUCUCAGCACCUGUAACAACCACCGUGGUCAACAUCCAGCCCGAGACCGCCGUGCCCGACCACAUCGUCUGGUCCCUGUUCAACACGCUCUUCUUCAACGUCUGCUGCCUGGGCUUCGUGGCGUUCGCCUACUCUGUGAAGUCUAGGGACCGGAAGAUGAUGCGGGACCUGAUUGGCGCCCAGAGCUACGCGUCCACCGCCAGGUGCCUGAACAUCUGGGCCCUGGUCUUGGGCCUGCUCAUCAUAUUUGGUGUAAUUCUGGCUGCCAUCACCAUUUCUAUCAUUUCUGUUACUUGACUGGCUCGCUGAUAAAAUGAAAGAAAUUCUGACGUCCUGAAGAGUUAAGAGGCUUCUGGUGUCUGUCACCUUUUCACAGUUGUUUCCGCCUACGUGUGUCCCGAACUGAAGGCAAUAAAGAAACACGCACCUGAUAA